GAGGGGAAGGGAAAAGGAAGUGUUGUUGACUGAGAGGGCAAGGUCCAUGGAGCGCAUGGUAAAGGAGCUCCAAAGACAGGUUGAAGCUAAGGAGACCAGGAUGCAAGAACUUAAAUGAAGAACUGGACAAGACCGUGCAUUCCACACAGAAGGAAUUGCAGAAAACUGGCCAAUCCGGAUAAGGAUGAGCUUGAACAACGGCUGGAAACACUUGCUGCAAGGUUCACCAUGGCUGAGGACAGCAGGCGACAUGUUGAAUUGAACCACGAGUUGCUGAUGGAAAAGGUAUGUGCAAAAAAGGAAGAGACAAAGUGGCUUGAGCUAGAGAUAGAGGAAUGGAAGAAGCGACUGGAAGAUAGAGAGGCCAAGCUGAAGUGUGAGAUAGAAGGAGAGACACUGCAUCAACAGCUUCGAGCAAAGGAUGAGGCAUUAACUGGGAAGGAAUUGGUAAUCAUGGAGAUGAAGACGGUGGUUGAGAAGACCGAAAAGGCAAGAGAGGAUAUGGAGUCUGCUCUGAAGACUAAUGUGAAUCAAGUCAAUAGCAUGUCAUGUGAGUUCAAGGAAUACGGAACAAAGAAGACUGAGAUGGAGGAUGUCAUCACCAAGCUUCAGUCAAAGUUGAUGGACACAGAGAGAAGAGAAAGGCAGACAAGGAGUGAGAUGGAGCUGGUGUUCAGGAGUCUCGAAAGGGCUUGUGAAGCUGGGGGAAAGCGAGAUGAGAGCGUACAGGGAACGAGGGACAAUCACUUGGUCAUGGAUGCUGAGGUGCAGCAGCCACCAUGUGCAAACACUUUGAUGGUGACCACCUCCAUCAAUGCUGAGAAUGUGUUGGAGCUGGGUGAGGUGGCUCACAAGGCAUAUGAGCUAGGCAUCAGAGGAUGGCAGGAAAAGAGCUGCAUGAUGGAGAAGGUGAUUGGGGAGCUCCAAACCCAACUGGCAGAAUCUGAAAAGCUGGAGAAGCUGGCGUGGGAACAAGUGGAGGAGUCCUGCAGGGAGCUCGAUGAGGUACGAAUGACAAUGAACAUUGAAGGGGACAGUGACUCUGUCAAGGAGGCAGCAGAGGCCUUGGAGAGCUUGAGACAGAAGGUUCAAGAAUGCGAGUCCGAGCGCAAACAAGUAAGAGAGGAACUAGAGAGGCUGGAAGCAGAGGCAUUGGAUAUGGAAGGAAAGCUGGAAGAGAGAAGUGAGGAGAUAGAUAUGCUCAGGAAAAAAUGUGAAGGCUAUGAAUGUGUUUUGGCUAUAACAGAAGGAAGUGUGAAGGAGUUACAAGCGAGGUUGACUACAGUCGAGGAGGAGAGGGAUGAGUUGUUGGAGAGUAUGAGGGAUGAGAAGGUUGCCAUGGAAGAGCUUGACAGGGUGAUGAAGAAGGGCGGGGAAAGGGAGGACAUUCUUCGUGUGAAGGUUGAUGAGCUAAGGAAUGAGGUGGUUGCAAAGGUAAUUGUGGAAAGGUCACUGAGAGAUACACUGGCAUCUCUAGGUAACGGAUUGCAGGAAACAAGAGCAAGCCUGAAAGAGUUUAAGGAAGAAGUGUUGACCAAGCGGGAAGCAGUGGCACAAGCAGAAGAGAUGGCAGUCAGACUCGUAGAGUUAGAUAUGGAGAAGGCUUCAAAGGAGGAGGAAAUCAUUAUGGUCCGCGAGGAAGCUAGCAGUUUGCAGGUGUGCAUUGACCAUGCAGUGGAAGCUUUGGGACAAGCUAGGGCACAGAUGGAGCUUCUUGAAAAAAGGAUGCUUGCAAGGGAGAAGUGUCUGGUGGAAGGGGAAGACGUAAUGGCAAGAGUGGAGAGAGAACGCAACGAGCUGGCAAUGAUAGCCGGAGAUCAGUUGGCACUAAUUGCUCAACUUCAGGAAGAUGUGCAAGUGAUAGCCCACAAAAUAAUACAGAUGGGAGAAGUAAUUGUGAGACUGAGGAAGCGGCUGGAGGAAGAAGAGUUCAAGGCCAAUAUUGCCGCAGAGAAAUCACUAAUGCUGGAAGAUAAAGUUGAACAACUGGAGGCCACCGUAGAGGAGAAGAGCAGUCGAUUGGAGCUUAUGAACGAUAAAAUUCUUCAGAUGGAGGAAGAUGUCGAGGAGCUCACAUAUCUGAGGAAGGACAAAGAGAAGAUGGAGCAGUUAUUCAAUAAGGCAUGUAUGGAGCUGACGGAGGUGCAAAUGGAGCUGCAGAAUGCAAGGAUCACAUCAGCAGAGUUGCAGUGGAGAAUGCAAGGGCUGGAGAGGUUGGCGGUGGUCCAACGAAAAGACAAUUUGACCCAGCUGAAAGAUGAGCAGAUUAUACCGAUGAGGGCCUUGUAUGUGAAGGCAGCUCUGCUGAGGGAUGCAGCAUUGCUGACCGACGAACUUAAGGAUGGUAGAGAGUUGGUGGAGAUUAUUCGUACCAGAUUGGAAAAGACCAAUGUCGAACUAGAGGAGUUAAAGAAGGAUAUCUUAGAGAGGAAGCAGGAGGCAUCAAAGUUGGUGAACGGAACUGAGGGUGAGGGAUCGAUCUCUGGAAAAUGCCUAUCAGAGGGAUUACUGCAGUCGCGAUUAAGGGUGAUGAGGGAGGACAUGAAACAGAAGAAUGAAGGCUGGGGAGAGAAGGAUGUCAUGGAUUUGAGAGAGGCUCAGGAAAGAGAGGUGUUCCUGGAGUCAAGGAUGGCACCGAUGCAGAGGGAUAUAAACUUGAGGGAAUCAGAUCUGCAGAGGGAGUCAGCCAAGGUUGAACGCUGUAGAAAAGAGCUUGAAAUUGUUAGGAUGGAUGUAAAGAGGAAAGAUGAUGAAAUUCGUAAGUUGACAGAGAUGGUUCAGCAAUUAGCUCGGGUCUCAAGGAAGCGACGGCAGUCGGAAGCAGAGCGCUUUGAGCAGCAAAAGCUUUUGGCUGACCUUGGGGAUGCGCUAUUGAUGCUGGAGGCUAAGGCUGUUCAGGCCGAGGAGAAGAGACUUGCACGGAAAAGAAAGUUCAAGGCCAUCACAUGGGCCAUGGAUGAGCUGAAGCAGGAGUCAGAAAUGAUGAAACAACAGAUUGAGAAGCUGAAGGAAGAGGUCGAAAGAAAGGCUUUGGAAGAAAUCAUGAAAGAUCAUGAAAUAACAUUAUGGCUAUCAGAAAGGAAGGAAUAUGAAGCUGAAAACGAAAGCACGUCACUGAAAGGGGUUUCGGAUGAGGUUGGGAGGAAGGAGGGACGUUAUGCAGCAUGGCCGCAUGGGGCAGACAUGCGGCGGCGUCCCAUCGACAAGGUGAUGGCCUCUGAGGCCUUGAAAACUGCAGAGCUGGAGAGUGUGAAGCAGAAGCUCAGGUACUCUCAUGAAAUGACACAGCUGAUGGCAGAAGAGGUGGAGGAAAAGAGAGGGAUUAUUCUGAAACUCGAAGAGGAGAAAGAGCUGGCACAGAGCAGGACGCAGAAAUACAGACAACUCCGAGAGGCAGAGGAUAGGUGUUUGUCCCAUGGAGAGGAGUCGGAAGAACUGAAGGCAAACAUUUGUGUCUCUGGAGAGGUUUUGGAGCUGCAAGAGAGGCAGAGAGAAGAGUUGGUUAGAGACUGUGAUAGGCUACAGGAGGAAAUCGACUGCAUAGGAAAGAAAUUGGGCAAAGGGACAGAGGAGAGAGAACUCCUGAGAAGACAGGUUGCAGAAUUGGAGGCUAGGGUUCAGGUUUUGGAUGCAGGCGAAGAGGAGCGUAGCAGGAGGCGGGGGAAGCCAGAAGAAAGGGAGGAACAACUUGAAUCACCUGUGAGUGCUACUGUUGCUGCAGGUGCUCUACAUGCAGAUAAAGAACAUGCCCAGGCGCAGGAGCAAAUGGAGAGGCUCUUUGAGGGGAAUGCAGCAUUAACCAAGGAUCUGGCAGUGGCACAAUCAAUGGUGGAGUCACAGAUGGCAUCCAUAUCAAAGUUAGAGGAUGUACUGCAGAAGAAACCACACAACACCCGUGUAAUGGAAGCAGCUGCAGGAGAGAAGAGGAGAGGCAUGCUGUUAACCAAGGUGAGCAUGCGGAGAGCAAUCUCCAUGGAUAUGACACUCACUCCUGCUGUCAUAUGUGAGACCGAUGAAGGAGACGUCACUGUAGUAGAGCCCCAAUUCGGAAUGAAGCUUGUUCCUUUCGUGGGAAGACGGGAAAUGGAAAGAAAGAUUAAGCAGAUGGAACUGGAACUCAGUGAGGAGAGAGAAGAGAAGAGGCGUCAGGUUAUGGCUCUGACAGAUAAGCUGGGGCAGACAAAGGCAGAGCUCACAGAGGCACAACGGCAAACAGAAACGUUAUUGGCGAAGUGUGAGAAAACUGGUGUGAUGUUGAUGAGACUCGCAGAGGAAGAAAAAUUGUUUUUUGCCCGGCUGAAGGAGUUGCAGGAGUUCUACAAUGGCAUGAUCCUAGGAGAAGCGGGAGUGUUAGGAGGCGAAGGGGAUGAAGAGGCCGGUGGUGGGGGUGACUACGUUAUGAAUGCCUUUGCAGCAGAAGUGAUUCCACUCAGGGCUCGAAUUACCGAGCUUGAGAUGAAGCUGGCUAUGGAGAGUAGUAUGCGUGAUGAGACAAUGCAUACAGACGAUGUGGGUGAUUGUCCAUGGUUCGGAGAUUGGAGCAAGCAUGGUCCAGUAUAUGACAACAAGGGCAGUUCUUCAUUGUCUAGAAGAAAGGAAGGAGAUGGGAUUGCAGGCUAAAAUAAGGGAAAAGGACAAGAUCUGGCGAUACGAAGAGCUGUUUAUCACGUGUGUGGUCGUUGCCAUGAUGAAUGGUCAUAAUGGUACAUAAUAUGGCAGCAGAGCUGCAGGUGUUCAUAUAGCAGUUGCGCUGUGUUUUCCACUUUCCUCUUGGCUAACCAGUAGUUCCCCCGUCUCCACCAAAGAUGAAGACCUGAGGCUGUAGAAGAGGAAGAGUUGCGGCGAAGAACCUAUGUAUUCUUUUAGAAAGGAGAAGAAAAAUCUCAUGCUUAUGCAGCGCAGCUUAGGACAUGCUUCAGGAAGUGAUUCCGUGUGAUUGUCCAGACCUCUGGGCAUCUCACACAGGACGUCUGUUUCUUGAGUCAAAACGUUAACGAUAAAGGAAAGGUAACACU